CAUACAUCAGUCUGUUUACUACUAAUUUGCAUAUGUUGUAGGUAUUUACAAAUACUGCUGCAACUACAAGCUGAAGACGAAAGAUGGGGAAUAUCCACACAGUCGGGCCAAGUGAGGCUUUGGUGAUUUCAGGAGGCUGCUUUGGUGGCACUGGACGUAAGAUGAUUGUAGGUGGCUGGGGUUGGGCCUGGUGUCUUGUCACAGAUGUACAGACUAUUUCCCUGGAGGUGAUGACAUUGAACCCUGUUUGUGAGAGUGUGGAGACCUCAGAGGGUGUUCCAGUUACUGUGACAGGUGUGGCCCAGUGUAAAAUCAUAAGGGAGCCGGAGAUCCUGAAGACUGCCUGCGAGCAGUUUCUUGGCAAAUCUGUCCAACAUAUUGAGCAUGUCAUCCUCCAGACCCUGGAAGGUCAUCUCCGUGCUAUUCUGGGUACAUUGAGUGUGGAAGCUAUCUACCAGGACCGAGACCAAUUUGCUCAGCUGGUUCGAGAAGUUGCCUCCCCCGACGUAGGAAAGAUGGGUAUUGAAAUUCUGAGUUUCACCAUCAAAGACAUCUUUGACAAUGUGCAAUAUUUGCAAUCCCUGGGCAGAGCACAGACUGCCAAUGUGAAACGUGAUGCUGAUAUUGGUGUUGCAGAAGCUAACAGAGAUGCUGGAAUCAGGGAAGCUGAAUGUGACAACAAGAGAAUGGAUGCUAAAUUCAAAGCUGAUACUAAGAUAGCUGAUGCGUCCAGAGAAUACCAGAUGCAAAAGGCAUCCUUCGACAUGGAAGUCAAUGCAAAGAAAGCAGAGGCUGAAUUGGCAUAUGAGCUGCAAGGUGCCAAGGAAAGGCAAAGGAUCAGAGCUGAAGAAAUUGAGAUUGAUGUCGUUGAGAGAAAGAAACAGAUUGAUGUUGAGGAGAAGGAAAUCUUGAGAAAGGAGAAAGAACUGAUGGCUACAGUGAAACGACCAACAGAAGCAACAGCUUACAAAACAGAACAAGUUGCUGAGGGCAAAAGAACACAAACUGUGGAGGCUGCCCGAGCUGACGCCGAGAGGAUCCGACUGGUCGGAGGAGCUGAAGCUGCGGCCAUUGAAGCUGUUGGUAAGGCAGAGGCUGAGAAGAUGAGGCUUAAGGCUUCAGCCUACAAACAGUAUGGAGAUGCUGCUAUGCUUAGUAUGGUGUUGGAAACCCUACCAAAGAUUGCUGCUGAAGUGGCAGCACCGCUGUCCAAAACUGAAGAAAUUGUCAUGAUUGGGGAUGACCGCACCACAAGCGAAGUUAGCCGACUUGUUAGUCAGCUCCCGCCAGCGGUACAGGCCUUGACUGGGGUAGAUCUGUCAAAGGUUCUUUCAAAGAUUCCUGGUGCCAGCUCCUAAAUAUCAUUAUAUCAGUCAUUGUAGCAGUAAAAUAACAAUGCCACACCCUCUUAUCCAUUUCAAACUCGUAGAGGAUUACCCCUUCUAAAGACAAUAGGCUUAACCAUUUCAUUGUACUAUGGUUUUAUAGGGGUAAAAUAGUUUAGUAGACCUUCAACUCCUGAACCAAUGCAAAAGACAAUAUAAAUGGAAUAGUCUAUUAUGACUGCCUAUUGUUGGAGGGUUACUAUGAACUUGUUUCAGUGAUUUUUAAGUGGAUUUCAAGUGUAGGUGUCCUUUUAUUUGCAUGCACAGUGUAUAUAAUUUGUAAUUAUAGUUGGAAAUACAUGAUUUCUGGCAGACGUAGCAAUAUUGUACUUCUACCCUCAAGCACAGGUUUGGACUCGAUGUUUUACUGUAUUAGGCUGAGUCCAUGCAAAAAAAAGGGUGGAAUUCAUUUUAUCCAGAUUUUGAAAAUAAAUAGAAAAUCUGAAUCAUUUACCAAGCUCAGAUUGAAACUGGAACACUGUAUUGUUUAAAAUCAUCACAAUGAAAUCUGAUGUUAUGGUUUAUAUUAAUUAAUGAAAUAGAUAAAUCUUGCAGCAUCAUGGUAGGAUGAUUGGUCUGUAGUGUAAAUUAACCAAAGACCUUACAUAACCUUACAUAGAUCUCAUCUGAUAGUUUUGGUAGAACAUUUUACAGAAACCAUUAUUUCAGUGACAAUAUAUGUUAAAUCAAAAUUUGAAUGACUAUGUAAAUUAUUUUUAUUUAUCACCAAUAAUCUAUUUCAUGUUUUAAAGUAACAUCUGUUGAAACAGUAAAUGAACCAUCUAUCGGGUCCUGUUUUUAUUCAUUAAUAAUUUGUUUCCGUAAAUUUGAUUUAGAGCUAUGAUGAGUCUUAAUACUUCUCCUUUAGGUUCUAUAGAAUGUUAAGAUAGACUGAAUGUUAACAAAUUUUUAACCAGUAGUAUUAUAUACAACACAAGUCAGUAUCGAGUUAUCCUGUGUAUUAUAAAGAGGUUAUUGGGUAAAAUAAAGAUGCUGUAUAUGUGAGCAAAUUGAAAUACUUCAGGAAAGCUACACGCAACGCAGAAAUUUAGAAAAUGCAGAUUUCUCUUUUUAACAAAUUAAAAUCCUGUUGGUUUAUUUAAAACUGUAUUGAAGAGGGAUUGCUCAUUUUAAAAUACUCGAUUUUUAUCACAGUAUAAUGUUAUGUUCCUACAGGGAAUCAUUUUUUUCUGUUGAAUACUUUAUAUCCGUAUUUAGUAUCCUAGUCAAAUGACUAAUGUAAUCGUUCAUCAUAUGUAUAUUCUUAAACAGUCUUAAUGAUUUACAUUAUUCAUUAAAAAGUUAAACUAUUUGCACUUCGUCAUGAAUUGAGCACGAAAAAUAACUUACAAGACGUGACCGACAAAACUGAAUUCAUCCUGUAUGUACAAUACAAUUCAGGAGCGAGCAAGUCGGGGGGCCACAAUGUAGUCUUUGUCUAGGGGAUGGUGCCUCUAGGUAAUGAAGACAUACUGCAAUUUUUUCUUACCUUUCAAAAGUCAACUCAUCAUUGACGGCAAUUUGACGCAUAUUAUAUCCAUAAAAAUGUGUAAAUUAUGUCAAAACAUUGAACUUGUAUUAGUGGUGUCUAGCAGCAUAAUGCAGGAGUGUGAUUUAAAAAAAGAAACUGGAAGAGUUCUGAAUAAGAUACAUGUAGCAUAAUUAAUUCUAAACAAUCCAUAGGGAGAGGCUUGAUAACCGUGUUUAGGUGGUGUACUUGCCGAUUUGUUGGGUAAUAUUUAUUUGACACAACUCUUUCAGUGGAAAUCUAAUAAACUUUUUUUUCCACCGCAAUGUGCAACAGUACUGUAAAACUAGGAAGUGAGAUCUAGUUUUCAUUCUGUUGCUUGUUUUGUGAACUGUUUAAAAUGAUGGUAUUUGUUUGUUAUUUGUAUCUGUUGUCAUUGUAUGUAAACCCCCUUUACUUUUCUUACUAUUAUUUAAAACAAAUCCGUCAAGCUGUGAAUUUUUUACAAUUAUUAUCACUAGAAUAUUUUUCUCCAAUCUUACUUAAUUUGAAUAUUGAUUUGAUUGGAUUAGUGUUAGCUUCAUUUUGCCUAAAUGUGUCUUAAAACUACAUCAGGUAAUAAUACGGUUCCUACAUGAUCCAGCCAACAGUAGAUUUAAUUGCUUUGUCGUUAAUUUCUAAUUCAGGAAUCGUCUCUCAAACAUUAAGCUAAGAUUUUGAAACAUUUAAAGAAGCUUUUAUGAUUUUUAUCUUGUUAUUGUGUUGCUGGGGUCUUCACUCUCCUGAAUAUGACUGAUAUGUUAAUAACAUCUUGUGUACUAUUGUAUGGUAGUUAUGGUCUUGGGGGCAUUUUUACUGUGUUAAUAUCAGAUAGAUACCGGUAUUCACGUUUUCAGUCAUAUCAUGUAAACGUGAUUACUUUUAAUAUUUUCCUUUUUAUCAAUAUUGUCCUGUUUUACAAUUUAUAAUGCAAUGUUUCAUGUUGUGACAAAUAAUUUCAAAUUAAUCUGACAAUCUUCAUUAAUAACAAAAAUAAAUACAGCACUUCUUUGUAUUUUGCAGCAAACAAGAGAAAAGGCUGCUUGAAUCAAAUUGAAAAAAGUUAAACUUUUAAUAUCUUGCCUGUAUGACUCCUGUUUUCAGAAUUCAUUCUAUCAUAACAUUGAAAUCUAAGCAGAUGUCACCUAUGAAAAUUACAUUAUAAUAUAUGUGGAAUAUAUUGGAAACAUCUACUCUAUAUGGUUGUGCCUUGUGAUUUUUAAACUUUAGUUAGAUAAUAUUUUGCAAUCCUGUCCAUGGAUUCUUAAAUCACAGAUUCUAAAGAAGAUUUACGGAUGUUUGGUACUUUCCCUGCUGAAAACAAAGUAGACAUUUUCUGUUGUUUUGUAGCCAUUUUGUGAUAUUUUGUAAACAAUGGCAUGGAGACUAAACAAUGGCUUUUGUCACAGAACAAUAUUCCAAUAUCUUCUUUUGAUUUCCAGUCCCGGCACAUUCGAUAUGUAGUAGUAAUGCAUUAUUACUGUCCACUUGUAGACUAGUGUAGGAUUAGUAUCCCCGUGUUGUGACCAGUUACUCUUGUUGAUCCAUUAAUUAAUAGCAUUUGUGUAUCUACGCGACACUGGAAUGUUUUAUAACAGAUUCUGCCAUUUUGAUAUUUUCACCUGUUAGUUUUACGAAGGAACCGGAUAAAUAACUCGCACCUCGAAAUGUGAUAUGAAUUGCAUCCAUUAAAAAAUUAAGAGUUUCAUGAACAUUCGGAACAAAGUUAACUAGAUUCCACUGUAAAAUAGUCAAUUGUAACAAAAUCAAAUAUUUGUGAUUAUUGGGACAUAAUUCAUAUUAAUAAAUUCAGCCAUAGUCUUGAUUUAAUACUGGUCUUAUAACUAUUAUUAUUAUACAGAAUAUAUAUUCUGUACAUUAUUUUAUCCUCGUUGACUUCUUUGGAAGGUGGGGGUUUCCCGAUAAAUAUGAUAAAAUACAAUACAGUCUAAAGUUAACUCACAAAUCUGUAACAAGUGUUUUCCGCGUGCAUCCCGUAUAUUGAAUGUUAUAUGUAUAACUAAACUGUAAUAUGUAAACGACUUUGUAGCUCAUCUCUAUUUACAAGAAUUUGUUUACUACAAUAAAAAGACAUUAAAAUACAAAA